GUGCAUUUUCAUUUGAUAUAAAUGCAAAUAUCAAUGGAUUGUUUUCUUAUAAAUCAGAAAAUACAGCUCUGCAAAGAAAAAUAACAGCCAUGACACUUGAAGAAAAGCGUUACAAAUUGGUCCUGAAUAUAUCAUCUCCGUUCUUUUAUCGAACAUCAUCGCAGUGUAUGUUGAUAUUUCAAGUGUAUGGAGACUUCGACUAUGAAGUGAUGAUGAUUCUGAAAAAUGAGACGACAGUUCUUUCAAAAGGAUAUGAUAUGAGGGACAGUGUUAUUCAACAAGAAAUUGGUUAUAUGGUUACACGAUUCCGGAUUUUAGUCAGACUAAAAUUAAGUGGUCGUCAAAUGAAAACAAAUGCACUGAACUUAACGGAAAUAAGGAUGAGAAAUUGUUCUCAGGAUCACAUAAGCAAAUUAGAGAAAGACAUAAGUUUGAAAUACAGGGAAUGUAGCUUUGAAGAUGGGAUAUGUUCAUGGAUCAAUACAACAACCAGUGACGAAAGAUGUACAUUUAAAGUGGUAAAUGGUCUUAAUGUGGCUGACACAAGGAUAAGAGCAUUGGCUGACAACAGUAUGAAUUCUUUUGUAGGCCACUUUCUUUAUGCUCACGGUAGGAAUAACUGUUACAGACUAAGUGCUUCCUUUACAUCAAUUCUAAUGAGUUCUGAAGCAGGUGACAGAAACAGUACUUGCAAAUUACAAUUUGCUGUCAUUGGAACAUUACUAUUAAAACUAGCACUGAUAUCGCCAACAUCGGGAGAAACAAUGAUUUUAUGGAACCAAAGCUUGAUGUUUAAAUAUUGGACCAUCAUAUCAGUUCCAAUUCCGGUAAAAGUAUCGGAUGUAUUUUAUCUACAAUUUGAGACUGUUAGGUCAACUGAUAUAUUUAAGGACUAUAUUGCUAUCGAUGAUGUUUCAUUUUCGCAAGGAUGUACUUUUGUAGAUUCAGCAAGCAUCGAUAUAGUUGAGGUAAAAGAAAACAAUGAUGCAUUGUCCCUGGAAGUAAUUAUCCCAGUGAUUGUUGGUGUAGCAUUUACCACAUUGAUUUUAAUAACAAUAACAGUUGUUACCAAAUGGUAUAGGCGGAAUUCGUUUAUUACAAAAAGUCAGCCUUUACAUAAAAGCCCUGUUAAAUGGACAGCUCUAGAGAACUCAGAAACAACAUUAUCUUCCAUUUCACUCUCAGCAUUUUGCAAUAUUGAAGAGUUUCUUACAAAGAAGAAUCCUAACUAUGAGUGGUAUAAUGGCCGCAUUCUCAAAAAUAAACUUAUUGAAAUCCCUCGUGAAAAACUGACAAUAUCGAAUAAAAUAGGAAGUGGUGCCUUUGGUGAAGUGUAUAGUGGUAUUAUGGUACAAGAUUUUCCAACGAAGAAAUGCAGACAUGUUGCUGUUAAGUCAGUAUUACAAGGGUCGUCUGAGAAAACUAGAGCCGACUUUUUCCUUGAAGCAUUAACGUUAAGCAAAUUUUCUCAUAAAAAUAUAGUUGAGUUUUUAGGAGUUUCACUGGAGAAAAACUCCAUUUUGUUAAUUUUGGAAUAUAUGUCAGGAGGAGAUUUGAAAACAUACUUGAAACGGUUAAGAUCAGAUGUGAAUAACGAGUCAGACUUAAAAGCAGUUGAUAUGUUGAAUAUGUGUAUUGAUGUUGCAAAUGCAUGUACAUAUCUAGAACAAAUACAGUUUGUACACAGGGACAUAGCAGCACGUAACUGUUUAUUAACGUCGAAACAGACGGAUAUGCUUGUUAAAAUAGCAGAUUUUGGAUUAGCAAGAGAUAUUAUUGGUUCCAACUACUACAGAAAGACUGGUUCUGCAAUGUUACCAGUUAGAUGGAUGUCACCAGAAUCGUUUUCAGAAGGAAUGUUUUCAAGUAAAUCUGAUGUUUGGUCUUUCGGUGUCUUGAUGUGGGAAAUAUUUUCUUAUGCACAGACACCUUAUGGAACAGACAACAACACAACUGUUGUUACCUUGAUAUUAAAAGGUCAGCGAUUACAACAACCGUCCGCCUGUAAACCAACCAUUUACGAUAUUAUGUGUUCAUGUUGGAAAACAGAUCCAGUUGAGCGUCCGUCAUUUCAAGAUUUGUUGUUACAUUUGGAGACGUUAAAACAGAUACAUCAGAGUGAAAUCCACAAGACUCCUAAAAUAUAUGUCCGACAAAAGAAGUACAAUACAUAUACCAAAGAUGAGUUUGAAGGAUCCCCUUUGACAUCAUGA